UUUCCUUGGCUCUGUUGUAGGAAUGAUUGAUAAGAAACUGGCACUGGCUUAGUGUGAAUUAAUAAAAGGAAACAGUUUUCUCCCUUUGAAUUUAUCUCUUUAAAGUCUUCUCUUGAGGAUCACCUGUUCACACUCAAUGGCCUUUCAGGAGCUCUUGGAUCAAGUUGGUGGCCUGGGGAAAUUCCAGAUCCUUCAGAUGGUUUUAAUUGUUCCCUUUUUGGUGAUGACAGCAUGUCAAAUGUUUCUGGAGAACUUCACUACCGUCAUUCCUGGUCAUCGCUGUUGGGUGCACACCCUUGACAAUGACACAGUUUCUGAUAACGAUAGUGGGAUCCUUAGCCCUGAGACCCUCCUGAGAAUCUUCAUCCCACUGGACUCAGACUUGAGGCCAGAGAAAUGUCAUCGCUUUAUCCAUCCCCAGUGGCAGCUUCUUCAUCUGAAUGGAAGUGUCACCAACAUGACUGAGCCAGACAAAGAGACCUGUCUAGAUGGCUGGGUGUAUGACCAAAGCUCCUUCCCCUCCACCAUCGUGACUGAGUGGGACCUAGUAUGUAAUUAUCAGUCACAGAAAUCAGUUGUUCAAUCCCUAUUCAUGGCUGGAAUGCUGGUGGGAGGCCUCAUAGGUGGUCAUCUCUCAGACAGGUUUGGGAGAAAGUUGAUUCUCAGGUGGUGUCUCCUACAGCUUACCAUCGUUGGGACCAGUGCAGCUUUUGUUUCCAACUUUCACAUUUACUGCUUACUCCGCUUCUUGUCUGGUUGUUCUUCCAUCAUCAUCCUGGCAAAUGAUGGUAUGCUCAUCACAGAGUGGAUAAGGCCUCCAUCUAGAGUAAUGGUAAUAACAGUGAUAUCCUGUGCCUUCAGUGUGGGACACAUACUCUUGGGAGGACUGGCAUUUGUCUUUCGAGAGUGGCGCACUCUGCAGCUGGUGGUGUCUGUACCUUUCCUUGUCUUCUUUUUCUCCUCCAGGUGGCUGGUGGAAUCUGCUCGGUGGCUUAUUAUCAACAAUAAACCAGAGGAGGGCUUGGAGGCACUAAGAAAAGUUGCAUACACAAAUGGAAUGCAGAAUGCUGGAGAUGCCCUGACAAUGGAGGGUUUGAGAUCCAGCAUGCAGGACGAGCUGGAGGCAGCACAAACCAAAGUUACCAUUUGGGAUUUGUUCCACACCCCCAUCCUGUGUAAGAGAACCUGUAUCCUACUAUUUGUGAGAUUUGCAAUCACAAUACCCUUUUAUGGCAUCAUGAUCAAUCUACAGCACCUUGGGAGCAAUAUUUUCCUGUUCCAGGCGAUCUUUGGGGUCCUCACUGCCAUUAUCCGAUGUCUUCCUCUUUUAGUACAGAAUCAUAUGGGCCGUCGAACAACCCAGACACUUUUCAUGUUCCUGGUGGGACUUUCUGUUUUGGUCAACACGUUUGUGCCCCAAGAAAUGCAGACCCUGCGUGUGGCUUUGGCAAGUGUGGGAAUCAGCUGUGCUGCUGCUUCUGUCACUAGUUUUGGUGUCCACAUGUUGGAGCUCAUCCCCACAGUCCUCAGGGCACGAGCUUUCGGAUUAGAAACAGUGGCUAGUAGGUGUGGGGCAACGCUGGCUCCCCUCUUGAUGAUGCUAAUGGAGUAUCUUUCCAUUUUGCCCUGGAUCAUCUACGGAGUCUCGCCCAUUAUUGCUGGUCUUGCUGUCCUCAUCCUACCGGAAACAAGAAAUCUGCCUCUGCUUGACACCCUCCACGAUGUGAAAAAUAACAAAGAAUUCUCAAGAAAGGUAAAUGAAAUAAAUUCCUUCGUAAAAGUGACAAAAUUUUAAGGUGUUUCCAUGAGCUGACUGGUGAGGAAAAGAAAUACUAUGAAAUAAAAAUAAAACACAAGAAUGUUCUUUUAUAUCUACAAACUUCCAAGAAAAAUAUACUGGAAAACAAAUCUCACUUACAUUAAUUUGCAGUUAAAUAAUUUUUGGGAACACGUAAUUCUGUGAAUAAUCUAAUAUUUUUGGAAAGUGGUUGAAAGUUUCAAAUUUAUUGGUAAAUUACUAAUACAUAUUCAGAAACAAAGGAAAACCAUGGAAUUAAGAUGUAGCUGGCUGAGAGAAAAGGGAUCACAUGGGUGAUGGGGAUUAAGGAGAGCACUUGCUGUGAUGAGCCCUGUGUGUUGUAUGUAAGUGUUGAAUCACUAUAUUGUACACCCCAAAUCAGAAAUUAAUAUCACACUGUAUGUUAACUAACUGGAAUUUAAAUAAAAACAUGGGGGAAAAAAGAAAAGGGGACAGAAAACUUAUUGGAAAAAAUAAUCGCUAAAAACUUCUCAAAUCUGAAAGAAACAGAUAUCCAGAUCCAGGAGGCACAGAAAGUCCUACCCCCCCAACCCCAAAUUCAACCCAGGAGGUCCACACCAACACACAUAGUAAUUGAAAUGGCAAAAAGUAGUGAUAAAGAAAAAAAAAUUAAAGCAGCUAAACAAAAAGAUAGUUAUCUAGAAGGGAAAUCCCAUCAGACUAUCAGCAGAUUUUUCAUCAGAAACUUUGCAGAUCAGAAGAGAGUGGCAUGAUAUAUUCAAAGCACUGAAAGGGAAAAAUAUGCAGCCAAGACUACUGUAUCCAGCAAGGCUAUCAAUCAGAAUAGAGAGAGUGAUAAAAAGUGUCCCAGGCAAACAAAAACUAAAGGACCUCAUGACCACUAAACCAGCCUGGCAAGAAAUAUUAAAGGGGAUUCUUUGAGUGGAAAGGAAAGACCAUAAGCAAGAUUAUGAAAAGUAAAAAACACAAAAGCAGUAAAAACGUUUUCAAAAAUGCUUUUACUUCUUGACUUUACUUCUUUUACUUUUAAAAAUCUUGACUUCUUGACUUUUACUUCUUUUACUUUUUAAAAAUCAGUCAAGAGAUUUAU